GUCUUAAACGUUUCAGCCGCGCUAAAUUAAAGAUUUAACAUUCAGAUGAACUUUCCCCGAGUGGUCACUUUUAUUGAUAAAGAAGCACAGACAAAAAAACAUUCAACCAAACAACUCCAGAUUUUUACGGUUGCCGAGAUUGACACGGAAACAAUUCAUAAUCUACUUAAAAACAAUGUUUCAUUGUGAAGAAAACUGUAUAGAUCACAAUCCUUUUGAUUUUUUGCUUGUAGUAUGUCAACUUGU